AGCCACAUUCGUUUCAAUCCUCUCAAGUCUAUCAAUUCUAACACUCUUUGACUUUCCGCCUCUUCUCACGAUCCGAUCUUCCUCAAUCAAACAUUCACAAUCGCAAUGGGCGCCGGACAGUCUCAGCCUCGCACAAUGUCGCCGGAGCCUUAUGUAAGCCCUGAAGAGCGAGCGCAAGCUCAAGCAGAGGUAAGGACUGCACAGACUCAAUCUGUUGUCAAAUCUUGUGCUGACGUUGAUAAGAUGCGCGCUAAGCAGCAGGCCGCUUUGGACAAACGCCUAACAAGCCAGCAGAGAAAACCAUCACCGAAGCCGACCGCAGAUGCGUCGCAACUGGCCAGUGGACGGAAAAAGCUGAGCGCGCUGGAGCAGAUGAGUAGAGAGAACAUUGGAUGGCGAAAUGCGGAUGCCAACCACGAGAUGAGGGGCUGGAAUUGAGAGAAUGCUCGGAAAUGAGGUGGCCAAAGGAAGCGUUGUACGAGUCGGAUUGAUAUGGAAUGUCACUGCUAUAAUGACGUCUCGCCAGCGUCCGGGUUAUAGAGGUGGAAGAUAAGUGAACUGAAGGACGAACGGAGGGUCCUGGAGAGAGAUGCCCCUCCUUUGAACACAACCACAACCUCGGCGACUUGUGCUCAAAGUGCUGCAAUUAAAAGUCGAAAGGUUUUGGGUUUGACUAGAGCGAGAGAAACCAAUCAAUCAAUGAUCCUCCAAAAAGAAAAC